UAUACGCGAUAUUCUUCUUCCGGCGUUCGCAUCAGUCUCGCUCGCUUGCUUCUGCGUCCCAAAACAAUGGCGAACGCGUGGAAGAGGGAGAAGCCCUCGCCUCUCCGCUCCCCAAGAACCCUAGUCUCGAUCCUCCUCCCCAUCUCCUUCCUCCUCUUCCUCUUCCUCUUCCUCUUCUACCCGAUCUCCAAAUCCAGCCCCAAUCGCGCCCGCGAGACCCUUUUCCUAUCCCCAUCUGGGAUCCGGCCCUUCGACUGCCACGCCUGCCCGCAGGCGUCGCCGGUGUUCGCGAACCUCGUGGAGGGCGUCAAGCACCCCUUCCUCUUCUCCCUCGCCGACUUCGGUGCCCUCCCGGAAAAGCCCCACAAGAACAUUGCCCGCAUGCUCAAGGGGAAACCCUUCCGUCGCCCCGACAUCUCGGUGACGGUACAGGAGUUCCUCGAGGGGAAGGACAAUGACGGUGGGGUGGUGGUGGACGUGGGGGCGAAUGUGGGGAUGGCGACCUUCGCGGCGGCGGCGAUGGGGUUCAGGGUGGUCGCGUUCGAGCCGGUGUUCGAGAAUCUGCAAAGGAUCUGCGACGGCGUGUUCUUGAAUCGGGCAGGGGAUCGGGUGACGGUUUAUGCCGCGGCUGCCUCAGAUCGGAUCGGAAACAUUACAUUCCACAAGUUGGUUGGCCGCCUUGACAAUAGUGCAAUCUCUGCAACUGGUGCAAAGCUAGCAUUCAAGUCUAAUGAAGAGAUUGCUGUGGAGGUGGCAACAGUCCCAUUGGACGAAGUCAUUCCUGACACAGAGCGAGUGCUACUAAUUAAGAUUGAUGUUCAAGGCUGGGAGUAUCAUGUUCUUCGUGGUGCCUCCAAGCUGUUGUCAAGAAGAAAAGGUGAAGCGCCAUACCUCAUCUAUGAGGAAGAUGGGCGGUUGCUGCAGGCAAGCAACACUACUGCAGAUGAGAUCAGGAAGUUCCUUGGCAGUAUGGGUUAUCACCACUGUACCCUGCAUGGCACAGAUGCUCACUGCACGAAAGAUUAGUUAAUGAAUUGCUUGCGCCAACCUCUAAAUUUUCUCGAACUCGCCACUGGACAUGUGGAUCCGGAGUAAAGCCUGUUGGAGCAACUGUGAUGAAAAUCGAAGUAAUUAUCUCCGAAAGGGCUGCCUUCAGAAACAUGAAAGGAAACUAUUCAUUAAUUUGUCUGAUUGUAGACUGGAGUUUUAGAGUUGGGUCAUCACGCCGAUCCCAUGUCAUUGUCAUCUUCUCUGUGACAGUUCUUUUCAUAUCACUCUCUUUCUCUUUCUUCCUCUCUCUUCCCUUUCUUCUUCUGUUUCCUUUACUCUUCUGCUUUGUUUCCUUUGUUUCAGUUCUUUCUUUUUUUUCUUUUCUUUUUAUUGCUUGAGGUGGUGGCCGGCUUAGGGGUUGGAUAAAAUUGUACUUUUGCAAUUUGAUCCUUCUCAAUUUUAUAUUUACAACUAGGUCCUCUAUGAAAUUAUGACUAUUACAAUAA